AUGAGCCCAGGAGACCAAGUGAUAGUGGCCAACCCUCUGCCACCUGGGCCCCAGGUGUCUGUGAUGUUUGAAGAUGUGGCCGUGUACCUCACCCAGGAGGAGUGGGGCUGCCUGGGCCCUGCUCAGAGGGGUCUCUAUAAGGAUGUGAUGCUGGAGAAUUAUGGGAACCUGGCCUCACUGGGAUUUCCAGGGUCCAAACCUGAUGUGAUCUGUCGGCUAGAGCGAGGGGAAGAGCCAUGGGUUUUCAACAUGCAACAGAGAAUAGAAGAGAGAGAGAUUCUGAGAGGCAGCUGCUCAGGCCCCCAAGGUUGUAAUUCAACCUUUAAUGUACAUCAGAGAAUUCAUUCUGGAGGGAAACCUCAUGAAUGUAAUGAAUGUGGGAAAGCCUUCAAAGGGAGUUCAGACCUUAUUAGACAUCAAAGAUAUCACACUGGAGAGAAGCCCUAUGAGUGUAGUGAAUGUGGGAAAAGCUUCAUUCAGAUUUCUAACCUUAUUCAACAUCAGAGAAUUCAUACUGGAGAGAAACCCUAUGAAUGUAGUGAAUGUGGGAAAGCUUUCAUUCAGAGUUCUAACCUGAUUCGACAUUACAGAAAAUGCCAUGGAGAAAAACCCUAUGAAUGCAACGAAUGUGGGAAAGCCUUCAGUGAACGCUCAAUCCUUAUUGAACAUCACAGAAUUCAUACUGGAGAAAAACCCUAUGUAUGCAAUGAAUGUGGAAAAGCCUUUGUCCAGAGUUCAAACCUUAGUCAGCACCAGAGAAUUCAUACUGGAGAAAAACCCUAUGUAUGUAAUGAAUGUGGGAAAGCCUUCAGGCAGAGUACUAACCUUAUUCAACAUCAGAGGACACAUUAUGGAGAGAAACCUUAUGAAUGUAGUGAAUGUGGGAAAGUCUUCAGACAGAGCUCACACCUUCGUCAACAUCAGAGAACACAUAACUUUCAACACCAGAUAAUACAUAAUAGAAGGAAACCCUAUGAAUGUAAUGAAUGUGGAAGAACUUUCAGUCAAAAUGCCCAUCUCAUUCAACACCAGAGAAUUCACACUGGAGAGAAACCCUAUGGAUGUGGUGAAUGUGGAAAAGCCUUCAGUGCACGAUCCACACUUAUUCAACAUCAUAGAAUUCACACUGGAGAAAAACCCUAUGAAUGUAAUGAAUGUGGGAAAGCCUUCAGGCAGAGAACACAACUUAUUGAACAUCAGCGAAUUCAUACUGGAGAGAAACCAUAUGAAUGUAGUGAAUGUGGAAAAGCUUUUAAUCAUAGCUCCAAUCUUAUUCACCAUCGGAGAAUUCACACAAAAGCAUAG